UUGUUUCUAAAUUGUUCUGAUUUUGUCAUUGAGGAGGUUCUUGAUAAAUCGUGUAAUCCUCGUCCAGUCCCCGCAGAAACACAGACGGCCUGGCCAGUUCGCCAAUCGCCGCUUUCCUCCACCUACUCCUCCAGUGGGCAUUCCCCUUGGUGUCCUGCAGGACCCAAAACCCAUGAAGGCCAAUGAAAGAUCCUCCGCUGGGCCAAGAAAAAAAGAAGGAAAAGGCUGCCAAGCAAUCCCAGUCUCCUAAGUUUUCUGUCGCCAAGCAGUCUGCGCUUCCUGUAAAGCCUGCCGCCCAGUCUGAACCCUCGCAAAGGGAGGAGGACUGGUUAAUAUACUUUUGGGCUGAACCUGCUCCCAGUCCCCUCGACCUUGCUUCAGCCUUCACCAAGCCCGCUCUAUGUUUCCACGAGCCCGCUCCAGCCCUCGCCGAGCCCACUCCAGCCCCGGCUGACAAUGAGUCUGCCCCUGCUGCCCACGAGUCUGUUCCAAGUGUUCCCAAGUCAGCUCCAGCAGCCGACGGGCCAGCUUCAGCGGUCCACGAACCCACCCAAGCAGUCCACGAGCCCACUCCAACCAACGAACCCAUGCCUGACCCACCAUGGCUGCCCAUGGCCCCUGACCCAUCAUGGCCACCUAAGUCUCCUGACCCGCCGUGAUGGCCCGAGGUCCUAGACCUGCCCUGGAGACCUCCGCACCCGCCUGCACCCCCCCGCACCUGCCUGUAGGUCUCCAGGGCACCCACCCCCCCUUCCCUGUUGUAUCAUCUGAGGCGCGGGGAGGGGAGGGGGAGGUAAUGUUACAAUCAUGCCUUCCCAGACUCCAGUUCCCAGCAUCCUCCUGUUCUGCACACCUGUUCUCACUUCCCUCAUCAGUCUUCCCGUCAUCUCCCCGGAUUCCCAGCACCUGUUGUUCUCGUCAGCACUCCCUUUAAGUUGGACUCACUCCUAGCACUCCCUGUCCAUUCUAUUGUUAAGUAUAUGUGU